GUAAGGCGCUGGGGGGGCGGCCUGUAUAGACACGUCCCACAUGGGGAGGGCUAAGGGAACACACGCACAGGGAUGAGCCGUUGUCUGCUCACAUUGUGAAGGUGACUUCUGUGGAUUUCUCAGGUAUAGAGAUGGAUGGUGUUCUGGAGGCCACAAUCAGUCUGUGUGGAUGCAAACUGCUGUGCAGUCUUCUCUACCUUCCUGCAUUCAAAGACUCCAUGUCCUCCGUCAGCCUCUGCUGCAGUUGCCUCUUACUCUUCACAGACCUCUCCAUCACUGUGUUCCUGGCUUACCUCUGGUGUGCUGCCCCCAGACCAAUAUCCUUUCAUCCAUCUUCCGACGCCAUCGCGCUUCGCUUCAUGUUGUUCCUCGGCAACACCUACGGGGCGGUCCUGAUGCUGACUCCACUGUUAGUAGCCGUGGAAGUGCUCGUCCGUCUCCUGUGGCCUCAAAAAGUAGCAGCAACACCAAAUACCUGUGAAGAGAGCUCAAAAGAGACCAGAGAAAGUGAGUUGGGUCCAACGGUGCUGCUGAUGGAUAGAGAUGGAGAAGUGUGGGAGACAGAAACUCUGCAGAACGUAGAGGAGGGAGAGAACAGAGGCGUAUUCCUGAAAUUCUUGAAAGCUGUGGGCUUCCUUGGCUGUCUUCUACUGUGGGGCAUGAGUGGAACCUACGCAGAAUCCAGUUGGAGGCAGGAUCAGCCAGUGGUCAGAGAGUGCCUGGACAGGGGCGGUUCUCUCUCGGCCUGCCUGCCCUGUCUGUUGACCACCUCUUCGCCAAUUAGAGGUCAACUGUUCUGGUUUCUCGGUGCCAUAUUGCUCCUGCUGGGCUUGACCGGAAUCUCAGGCUUGCUCCUGGCAAAGCUAGCCCAGCUCCCUUUGCUGAUUUCCCAAACAAAUCAGCUCCACAUAUCCAGAGAAAGAGAUGCUACUUCUAGUUUACAUUUAAGAACUCUUUGCAAAUGGGUUAAAGUACAAAGAAGUAGCGUAAACAGAAAAGAAAAAAGGAAUACUGCAGCCCUCUGGCAAAUGAAAACGCUAGAGAGGACCCCAAUCCACAAUGCCAGUGUUGACUUGAGGAAAAAAGCCAACAGCUGCGCCGCUCAGAGCUCACAGUUUGGAUACAAUGGACGGCAAUGGUCUCACGGCAACCCGGUGCCAUUGUCUGGCCAAAGAGGUUUGGCUGACAGCUGUAAAUUACAAAGCAAGAGCACGCUGCUUGUCUCACUGCCACAGACUGAACUUUCCCUAAAGGGCACCACGGUAGCCAGACGCAUGGGACAGACCCUGCACCCCCACGAGAGGCGGCUUUUGGAGCCUCAGAGGGAAAGUCCCUGCCUCAGAGGAGACCUAAUGACAGGACUGGUGUGUGGUCUGCUGGUCUGUGUUUUUCCUACAGUUCUCAGCACCAACAUACUGCUUGUCAGCAACCUGGACACACUAGCUGCGUACGCUGUAAAACAUCUGCUAAUCCCUACCCACAGUAAAUAAGAACUUAGCAGCGUCCGCGUUCCCACGGGACUUUGAGCAGCGUGAAAAGUGUGAGAAUAAUUAGGAUCGCUGUGCCACACUGAGGAAUCUUUUAUGGAAACAUCCUUAUGGAAUUCUAGUAAUAGGAGACAUUUGAUGUUUGUAAAAGACAUUCCAGGUUUUAGUUGAACAGACACGCCAGCGUAAAGCUGCUGCUCUUUUUAAUUUCUGACCUCUGUUUGUGGUCAGACUCACACCCAGUGAUGUAUCUGGGACUUCCAGGAGACCAAGAGCAACGUUUUAAGUCACAAACUACAGAGCCCUGCUGGUGGCAACCAGUAUAAAUAAAAACAAUGCGUGGCCACGACUUAGUAAGGCGUGGAAACGAGAUCCUAAUGCAUAGCCACAACUUAAUAAAGUGUGGGAAUGAGAUGCAUGGCUCUAAUGCAUGACCACAGCUUAACAAGGCAGGAUCUUGCUCCCACACCUUACUAACUCGUGGCCAUGACUUAAUUAUCUCGUUUCCACACCUUACAUUAACAUGUGGGAAUGAUAUCGUAAUGCGUGGCCUUGUCAUUAAUACUGCGGUAAUACGGCGUGGCCAUAACCUAAUAAGAUGUGGGAAUGAGAUAAUUAAGUCGUGGCCACUACUUAGUAAGAUAUGGGAACGAGAUCAUGCUUUAUUAAGCUGUGGUCAUGCAUCAGGGCCAUGCAUUAUUUUUAUUUAUACCGGGUUGGUUGGGUUGGUUGUAUCCACUCUCAGUUUCUAAUUAUGUUGGUGGUUAAUCUGAUGCAUUAGGCUUUCAGUUCAGCUCCUGAAGUCCUAACCAAUGGUGGAGCUGGCUUGCUUGUAUCUGCCUAGAUAUGACAGAGAGAAAAAUCCUGAUUGGAUCAUUUUCUGUUGGCUGUUUCAAGAAUGUUAUCCUUUUGUUUCCAACCAAAACGUACCAAUUAAAUUGGUGUAUUUUUUGCAACAUUUACAGAGUUUACAUACAAAAACUGUAUAAACUGUAUAAAUUUCCUAAUAUACAUCUGUACAAAUGACCCAGAAAUUACCCAAUUAUUUCUGAUGUUUCUGAUAUUUCGCACCACUGCACUCAAGGAGCUCCUAAAUGGUGUUAAAAUGUGUGCUUUGGAGUGUUACUUAAGAGUGUGCUCAUAAAAUCGCGGCUAUUACUAAAGCAGGCGGUGAAAUCCUGAGCAAGGAAAGGUCAAACACACAAGAGCAAGCACUGCAAGCCAUAAACUCCUUUUAGGCAGACAACUUUACUGUUUUUCUAAGAUGAAUUUAUUAUGCUGUGUACAAGUAGUUUUUGCCAGAGACUGUUUAUAGUAGCUUACUGCUAAAUCAUGUGACCUGUACAGUGAAAUAAAUAAUGUAAGCCUUUUCAAAGUGUGUGGUAACAA